AUGGGACUUUUGGUUAAUGACAAUCAAUACAAUGCGGCAUUGGCGGAGGCUGCCCUUUUUAAGACUGGUUGGGGGCUCCAGUUAUUAUUUGCAAUAAUAUUGGUCUACAGCCCGCCCCCGUUUCCACAAAAACUAUUCAAAGACCACUUCAAGAACCUGGGUGAUGAUGUCGUACUAAAACUCGCCACCCUCUAUGGCGCAACAAACCCCACAAAAGAGGAAAUCUGA